CUGCUGGCACCAGGAGAACUUCAGAUACUACCAGUAUAUCAUUCGACACGACAUUCGAGGUGAGAGAUCUCAAAACACACAUUAUACCGUCGCAAGAGUACCAGCAGCCGGUUCCUUUGCAAGCCAGCACUCGGACCGCCAGCCAACGCUCGGCUAUCAUAUCCGCCACUCCCCCAAAACCAAAACCAAAAACGACCAUGGCACCACAUUUCCAAACCAAGUCCAAAUCCCUCGAUCUCAGCCAGAACCGGGCGCUGAAAAUCGUCUCGGCGGCCGCUCAAGGAGGCUACGCGGUACCGGCGCUAUGCUGCUACAACGUGGAAGCGAUCAUCGCCUCUGUGCGCGCGGCCGAAGCCAAACGGUCUCCCAUGAUCAUCCAACUGUUUCCCUGGGCCGUGACAUACGCCGACGGCCUGCUGGUGCACGCGGCCGCCGAAGCGGCCGACAACGCCUCGGUGCCUGUGGCCGUGCACAUGGACCACGCGCAGAGUCCCGAGAUGGUCAAGCGGGCCGCGGACCUGGGCGGGUUCGACGGCAUCAUGGUCGACAUGUCGCACUACGAGAAGGAGGAGAACUUCGCCAAAACGCGAGAGUUGGUCGCGUACUGUAACGCCCGGGGCAUCAUCACGGAAGCCGAACCGGGACGCAUCGAGGGCGGCGAGGACGGCGUGGGCGACACGGCCGACUUCGCGCUGCAGGGCUUGCUUACCAGCCCGGAACAGGCCGAGGAGUUCGUCGGGUUGGGCAUCAAUUGGCUGGCGCCCGCGUUCGGCAACGUGCACGGCAAGUAUGGCCCCAAGGGGCCGCAGCUGGACUAUGACCGCCUCAAAGCUAUCCGGAAACAAGUCGGUGACCGGGUGGCAUUGGUCCUGCACGGCGCGUCGGGCGAGUACUUCCACGAGGAGCUGUUCCAGAAAGUUCUGGACUGUGGCAUUGCCAAAUGCAACCUCAACGAUGCCAUGAACGACCACUUCCUGAACGUGCUGAAGGAGAAGGCCGGCAAGGCACCGUUGACGACCUUGAUCGAGGAGGGCACCCUGGCGAUGCAGAAGGCCAUUGAGCAGCAUAUGGACUGGAUGCGUUCGAGUGGGAAAGCCUAGCUGAGACGAGAUGACAUGAGAUGGCAUGAAUUGGCAUGAUAAUAUGGGGUCCUGAAUACUCCUGCCUUUUUUCUUCAUAAUCAUUGUUCUAUGCAAUAGGUGUACAAACCUCAAAAGCUGUCCCGCUGUAGCAAGAUACCGGAAUGCUC